AACGCCCACCAUAACCAACUCCCCCUCCCUGUCCCCGUUUCUCACCCGUCUAACCGGUCAACCCCCUGCUCUCCUUGUCCUCCUUCAACCCUAUCUCUUCCUCCACACGACCCUUCCCCCCUCAUAUAUUACGGUAGAGUACUACUCUCAGAUAUAUAUAAACCCAUAAUCCCACCACUCCCAUUUCCGUCCCUCUCAAACUCAUAUCCCUAAGAAACACUAACCAAAACACACUGCCCCUCUCUCUUUUCUCUUCUCUUCUCUCUCUAACUUACAUCAUCUCUCUCUACUGCCCAGAAUAUCCGAUUACAUGUUCUUCUUGCUUUGAGAAAAAAAAAAAAAGGCAAUGGCAAAUAUAAACAAUAAUAUCAGUGCUAGUACUACUAUUACCGUGAGAAAAGAUGCUGAUCGAAUCAAAGGUCCGUGGAGUCCCGAAGAGGAUGAUCUCUUGCAACAACUGGUUCAAAAGCAUGGACCUAGAAACUGGUCCUUGAUUAGCAAAUCCAUUCCCGGAAGAUCCGGCAAGUCAUGCCGCUUACGCUGGUGUAACCAGCUUUCUCCUCAAGUCGAGCACCGGGCCUUCACUCCCGAGGAAGAUGACGCCAUCAUCCGGGCUCAUGCCAAGUUCGGCAACAAAUGGGCCACCAUAGCCCGAUUGCUCUCCGGUCGCACCGAUAACGCCAUCAAGAAUCAUUGGAAUUCCACUCUCAAGAGAAAGUGCUCUUCCAUCACUUCCUCCGACGAAGCUACCAACGACUAUUCCAACGACUUUCCACUCCACCACCACCAACCCUUGAAGAGAACCGCCAGCACUGGGUCCGGCGGACACGUCUCGGGUGGCUUGUCCUUGAACCCGGGCAGUCCGUCCGGCUCCGACGUCAGCUCUUCAAGCCUUCCCAAUACCUCCUCUUCUCACGUAUUUAAACCCGUUGCUAGGGCUGGCCCCGUUUUUCCUCCUCAUCAGGUGGUGGAGACGACUUCGGAAAACAUUACUGAUCCUCCUACUUGUUUGAGCCUCUCCUUACCUGGAGUUGACUCCACCGAGGCGUCCACCCGCUCAACCGACUCAACUCAACCAAAGGCUCCGAUUCAACUCCUUCCUCCUCCCCCGCCUCCAUCACCACCAGCACCGGUUGACCAGCAGAACGGCCGUAAACAAAUAGCUUUUGGGUCUCAGGUUCAGCCGCAGGAUAAGGUAUUUGUUCCUUUCACCGGGGAGUUGUUGGCGGUGAUGCAAGAGAUGAUAAGGAACGAGGUGAGAAACUACAUGAUGGGAAUGGAGCAGCAGCAGAAUCUUCAUCAACAGCAUCAGCAGCAGCAGCAGCAGAUGAUGAUGAUGCACGGCGGGAUUGGAAUGGGGAUGGGGAUGGGGAUGUGCAUGCAGCAGGCCUCUGUUGCUAAUGAGGGGUUUAGGAAUGCGGCCGUCAAGCGUGUUGGAAUCAACAAGAUCGAUUGAGGGUAAGAUGUUGAAAUUUGAUCAGUUGAAGCUUCUGGGAUGUUCGAGAAAGAAACGACCUUUGUUUCGGUUUCUCAGUCCCAAAUGGGCCUUCAUAAGAAUGAUGGAAAGAGACGAUUUUGGCCUAUGUACAGAAGAGAGAGGAGGCGUAGUAGGCAAGGGGGAAGAUAGCAGAGUGAAGAGAGUUUGGGAAAGAACCGGGAGAGAAACAAACACCCCCCCCCCCCCCCCAAAAAAAAAAACCCCCCUGCACAAAAGAAUUAAGUUUAUUUUCUUUCAUUUUUUUUUUCGCCCUUAAAAAAUUGUAGCUCCGGCAGUUUAGGAACAGAAAACAUGGGACAGAAAAUGUGAAGUACCCCAAAAAAAGAGAAAAAAAAAACCUAAUUUUAAAAUUUCAAUCAAUCUUAAGCUUUUUGUAUGCAUGCUCGGAUAUCACUUUACUAGUUUUGUGGAUUUUUUUUUUGUUUUGUUUUGUUUUGAAAAUUUUGGCCAUUUUGAGUUUGAUAACUGUGGGCAGUGGUAAUGAUUAUUAAGCAGCCCGGAAAUCUGGAAAGAAUAAUCAAAGGUGGGGGAACUGAAAGCAAGACGGUGAAAAAGUAGAGGAAAGUUUUGUCGCUGCUCUGCUCUUCUAGUUAGCGUCUAUCCUAUCCUACCAAUAGCGAUAGCGGUGUAGCUAAGAAAGAAGAUUACAGCUGGGAUCCCUGGUGACAGGAUAAAAUGGACUUUUUUCCAAGCCCAAAGGACUUUUGAUAAAAUGGACUGUCAAGGCAGUAAAUUGCACCGCUACUGCUAGUGUUGUGAGAGGGACUGAAUGGUGAUAAUCCCCCGCCACAGAAUUACCCUAUCAGUAAAAAAUUGUGACAGCGCAUAGAUGAUGAUAUAUCUGUGUUCUUUUUGGGCAUUAGAGAGAGAGAGACUGAAAGCUGAAGCGUCCUGAUCGGAAUUAAUUCUAGAAUCAUAAAAUGUCGAGUGACAAAUACUUGCUGCUACCUCUAGUAUUAAUGAUGGAUUUGAAAUGGACAAAUUCCAUAAUCG